CCCUGCUUCUAAUCACCCCCUUUCACUCCCGGCUUGGGGGGCUUUAGUACUGCGGGCCAGCUCUGUUUGCUACCCCCACCCCUGGUUUUGAUGGAUGGAUUGUGGCAGCAGCUCCCUGCUGCAGGUUGUUGAGGAACUGAUGGGGACUCACAUCUCGGGAGCCGGAGGUGUCUAAAGAAAUGCUGAAUUCAGUACUCUUCAAAAAAUAGUGUGUGGAUUUUUAGCACCUGAAGAACAAGAAAAGGUCUCAGGCUCUGGAUACUGGCUGUGGGAUUAUUUUUUUUUUCAAUUACUAUUAUUUUGGAUUGGUUUUUUUUUCCCUUUUUGGAUGUGAAUUGAAUGCCAACAGUUGAAGUAUUGGAAGAAAGUGCAGGAGGACGCUCACCUUGUUUUGUUUGAACCCUUGUUUGCUGGGAUACUUUCAAGGCCUCCUUCACAGUCAUGUGGUCAUCACAGCUGCUCUUCUUCACAAUGCUCUUAACACCGAUAGCCCAUGCUUUCAGCCGAGCGCCGGUGCCCAUGGCCGUGGUGCGGAGGGAGCUGUCCUGCGAGAGUUACCCCAUCGAGCUCCGCUGCCCGGGAACAGAUGUCAUCAUGAUCGAAAGUGCCAACUACGGGAGGACGGAUGAUAAAAUCUGUGACUCUGAUCCUGCUCAGAUGGAGAAUAUCCGCUGUUAUCUGCCAGAUGCCUAUAAGAUUAUGACUCAGAGAUGCAGCAAUCGGACCCAAUGUGCAGUUGUUGCUGGCCCUGAUGUGUUUCCAGACCCUUGCCCCGGGACGUACAAGUACCUGGAAGUGCAGUAUGAAUGUGUCCCUUACAAAGUGGAACAAAAAGUUUUUCUUUGCCCUGGACUGCUGAAAGGAGUAUACCAGAGCGAACACUUAUUCGAAUCUGACCACCAAUCUGGUGCCUGGUGCAAGGACCCUCUGCAGGCCUCUGACAAGAUCUACUACAUGCCCUGGACGCCCUACCGGACGGACACGCUGACGGAGUACUCCUCCAAGGACGACUUCAUCGCGGGGAGACCGACCACCACCUACAAACUCCCUCACCGGGUGGACGGCACGGGGUUCGUGGUGUACGACGGGGCUUUGUUCUUCAACAAGGAACGCACCAGGAACAUCGUCAAGUUUGACUUGAGGACAAGGAUAAAAAGCGGGGAGGCCAUCAUAGCUAACGCCAACUACCACGACACCUCUCCCUACCGCUGGGGAGGCAAGUCUGAUAUUGACCUGGCUGUGGAUGAGAACGGGCUGUGGGUAAUCUAUGCAACAGAACAAAAUAAUGGCAAAAUAGUCAUUAGCCAGUUAAACCCUUACACGUUAAGGAUUGAAGGGACGUGGGACACGGCCUACGACAAGAGGUCGGCUUCCAACGCCUUCAUGAUCUGUGGGAUUUUAUACGUGGUGAAGUCCGUGUACGAAGACGACGAUAACGAAGCCACAGGAAAUAAAAUAGACUACAUCUAUAACACUGACCAAAGCAAGGAUAGCAUGGUGGAUGUGCCCUUUCCAAACUCCUACCAAUACAUUGCUGCUGUGGAUUAUAAUCCCCGGGACAACCUCCUUUACGUGUGGAACAACUACCACGUUGUGAAGUAUUCCUUGGAUUUUGGCCCGCUGGACAGCAGAGCAGGGCAAGCUCACCACGGGCAGGUUUCCUACAUUGCCCCACCGAUCCACCUGGACUCAGAUCUGGAGAGACCGCCGUCCAAGGGAGUAUCAACAUCAGGAGCUUUGGGACCGGGGAGCACCACCGCCAGCACCACGGCACGGGUGGCCACCAGCAGCACUGGCCGCCCCACCACCACCUCGGCCUCAGGCAGGAGGAACAGGAGCACCAGCACGCCAUCGCCCAUGGCUGACAUCCCUGAUGAGAUGACCACGCAUCUCCCACCUGCCUCCUCCCAGCUGCCACCAGCCGGCGCGGAGAGCUGUGACCCCAUGGAAGCCCGCGAUAUUAUGUGGUCUCGGACUCGGCAGGGCCAGGUGGCGAAGCAGCCAUGUCCCACGGGCUCCAUAGGUGUCGCAACUUUCCGAUGUCUUGCACCAGAUGGGAUCUGGGAGCCCCAAGGACCUGAUCUCAGCAACUGCUCUUCUCCCUGGAUCAACCACAUCACUCAGAAGAUGAAGUCGGGGGAGAUGGCUGCCAACAUUGCCCGGGAGCUCGCGGAGCACACAAAAAACCACUUGUACGCGGGUGACAUCACCUACUCCGUGUCCGCCAUGGUCCAGCUGGUCAACCUGCUCGACGUGCAGCUCCGGAACCUGACUCCGGGUGGGAAGGAUAGCGCUGCACGCAGCUUAAAUAAGCUUCAGAAAAGGGAGCGCUCUUGCAGGGCCUAUGUCCAGGCCAUGGUGGAGACAGUGAACAACCUCCUGCAGCCGCAGGCUCUGAAUGCGUGGAGGGACCUGAACGCCAGCGAACAGCAGCGGGCGGCCACCAAGCUCCUGGACACUGUGGAGGACAGUGCCUUCGUGCUGGCUGACAACCUGCUGAAGACAGACAUUGUCCGGGAAAACACUGACAAUAUCCAGCUGGAAGUUGCGAGACUUAGCACAGAUGGGAAUCUGGAAGAUCUGAAGUUUCCCCAGAACAUGGGCCAUGGGAGCGCCAUUCAGCUGUCAGCAAAUACCUUGAAACAAAAUGGUCGAAACGGUGAAAUCAGGGUGGCUUUUGUGCUGUACAACAACCUGGGCACCUAUCUCUCCACGGAAAAUGCCAGCAUGAAACUGGGAACAGAAGCAAUGUCGACUAAUCACUCUGUCAUUGUCAACUCCCCUGUCAUCACAGCAGCAAUAAACAAGGAGUUCAGCAAUAAGGUUUACCUAGCUGAUCCCGUGGUGUUUACCGUCAAGCACAUCAAGCAGUCAGAAGAAAAUUUCAAUCCGAACUGUUCAUUCUGGAGCUACACAAAGCGUACGAUGACAGGGUAUUGGUCCACCCAGGGAUGUCGCCUCCUGACAACCAACAAGACACACACCACAUGCUCCUGCAAUCACCUAACCAACUUUGCAGUCCUGAUGGCACACGUGGAAGUUAAGCACAGUGAUGCAGUCCAUGAUCUGCUCCUGGACUUUAUCACGUGGGUUGGCAUCCUGCUCUCGCUGGUCUGCCUCCUGAUCUGCAUCUUCACCUUCUGCUUCUUCCGGGGGCUGCAGAGUGACCGUAACACGAUUCACAAGAACUUGUGCAUCAGCCUCUUUGUGGCAGAACUCCUCUUCCUCAUCGGCAUCAAUCGGACCGAUCAGCCGAUUGCCUGUGCCGUCUUUGCUGCCCUCCUGCACUUCUUCUUCCUGGCAGCUUUCACCUGGAUGUUCCUGGAAGGGGUGCAGCUCUACAUCAUGCUGGUGGAAGUUUUCGAGAGCGAGCACUCCCGGAGGAAGUACUUCUAUUUGGUUGGCUAUGGCAUGCCUGCACUGAUUGUGGCUGUCUCGGCAGCGGUGGACUACCGGAGCUAUGGCACAGACAAAGUAUGUUGGCUCCGACUUGACACCUACUUCAUUUGGAGUUUUAUAGGACCCGCGACCUUGAUAAUUAUGCUUAAUGUCAUCUUCCUUGGGAUUGCUCUCUAUAAAAUGUUUCAUCACACUGCCAUACUGAAACCCGAAUCUGGAUGUCUUGACAACAUCAACUAUGAGGAUAACAGACCCUUCAUCAAGUCCUGGGUUAUAGGUGCUAUAGCCCUACUCUGCCUAUUAGGACUGACCUGGGCGUUUGGACUCAUGUAUAUUAAUGAAAGCACAGUCAUCAUGGCCUAUCUCUUCACCAUAUUCAAUUCUCUACAGGGAAUGUUUAUAUUCAUUUUCCAUUGUGUCCUCCAGAAAAAGGUACGUAAAGAGUAUGGAAAAUGCCUGCGCACGCAUUGCUGUAGUGGGAAAAGUACAGAGAGCUCUAUUGGCUCAGGAAAAACCUCGGGAUCACGGACCCCUGGAAGAUAUUCCACAGGCUCACAGAGCCGGAUUCGUAGGAUGUGGAAUGACACAGUUCGAAAGCAGUCCGAGUCUUCCUUUAUUACUGGAGAUAUAAACAGUUCAGCUUCACUCAACAGAGGAGCCAUGGCUAAUCAUCUUAUAACCAAUGCUCUGCUUCGUCCUCAUGGCACUAACAACCCUUAUAAUACAUUGCUCGGGGAAUCGGCGGUCUAUAACAACCCUUCUGUCAGCAUGUACAACGCACAAGAGCCCUACAGAGAGACAAAGGGGCUUCUGAACAAUGCCAGGGAUACAAGUGUCACGGAUACUCUACCACUGAAUGGUAAUCACGGCAACAACAGCUACAGCAUCGCCGGCGGCGAGUACCUCAGCAACUGCGUGCAAAUCCUUGACCGCGGGUACAACCACACCGAGAACGCCCUGGAGAAAAAAAUCCUGAAGGAACUCACCUCCAACUACAUCCCUUCCUACCUGAACAACCACGAGCGCUCCAGCGAGCAGAGCCGCAACCUGAUGAACAAACUGGUCAACAGCGUGGGCGGCGGGAGCGAGGACGACGCCAUCGUGCUGGACGACGCCACCUCCUUCACCCACGAGGAGAGCCUGGGCCUGGAGCUCAUCCACGAGGAGUCAGACGCCCCGCUGCUCCCCCCCAGGGUGUACUCAGCGGACAACCACCAGCCCCACCUCUACAGCCGGCGGCGCAUCCCCCAAGACAACAGCGAGAGCUUUUUCCCCUUGCUGACCAACGAGCACACGGACGACCUCCAGUCGCCCAACAGGGAUUCUCUCUACACCAGCAUGCCCGCCCUGGCUGGCAUGCCCAUGACAGAAAGCGUCGCUGCCAGCACCCAGACCGACCCUCCACCGGCCAAAAGCGGCGGCGACGCCGACGACGUUUACUACAAGAGCAUGCCCAACCUCGGCUCCAGGAACCACGUCCAUCAGCUACACACGUACUACCAGCUAGGCCGAGGCAGCAGCGACGGUUUUAUAGUCCCACCCAACAAAGAGGGAACCCCCCCGGACGGCAAUGCAAAAGGACCCGCUCACUUGGUUACUAGUCUAUAGAAGAUUCAGCAAAAAUUAAGCAAAAGAGACAGCAAAAA